AAAGACCCGAUCCGAAGAGGACACGUCGCGAACUUUUCUUGUCUUCGGGUACAACGUCAACCGUCACCGCGAUUGAAGUUCCCACACUUUCUCUUCCUAUCCCGCCAUGUCCUGGUUCAAAACAUCAGUUACAGGAGAAGAACCAGAGCGAUACGUUGAACCCGAUAGCACACCCAGAGUGCAAGAUCCUUCAAUUCCCAAUCGAAUGGUAGUAGAUAAAGCAGCCAACAAGCCCUUUCUUGCAUAUAAGGCCUAUCGGCAAAAACAAGAGAAAGCUCAUAAUGAGUGGCUGGAACGCCAAAAGAUCCGCCAGGAGAAGAUUGCGCGCGGAGAGGAAGUCGGACCUGAAGAAAGAGACCCCACGGAACCAGAAGAAGUUGGGCUCAAGGGUUUAAUGAAGUUCUUCUUCUACGUCGUCGUAUUUGCUGCUCUUGCGGGAAAGCUGCUCGCAGGAAGCUAUACAUGGAACUAUGAGACCAGAUUAGCACAGCUCAAAUCAUAUAUCCCGACGGACCAAACGUUGUUUUCCGAAAGUACUUUAGCCAAGUUCGAUGGUUCAGUGCCUGGUAAACCGAUUUAUCUUGCAAUUGACGGCGACGUCUACGACGUCACAAAUGGCAAAGCAUAUCAACCCGGAGGGUCCUACCACCAUUUUGCCGGUGUAGACGCAGCGCGGGCUUACGGUACAGGCUGCUUCAAGACACAUCGAACACACGAUUUAAGAGGCCUUACUGAAGCUGAACUCAGGGGCGUGCAACAUUGGAAGGAGUUUUAUGCAAAUCAUGCCGAAUACAAGAAGGUCGGUCGCGUCAACCAUCCUUUGAUUAAUCCUGCAAGUCCAAUACCAGAGCCCUGUAAACCGCCGAAGGUCAAAAAUGAUGGUAAGGAUGGUAAAGCAAAGGAGAAGGAUAAGUCAGAAGCUAAGGAAUCGACAAUGGUUCAUGAAGAGCUCUAAUAGUUCACUUUGCCA